UCUAGUCCUCUUCCAAUCGGCUCCCCAUUUCGCCCUCUGGCGGCUUCGGACGGCAGCCCGACUUAGUGUGACGACGGGCACGCUCCAAGGCGGGCACUGGCCGUCGCCACGAGGGAACUGGGGAGGAUUCCGAAUGGGGGAGGAGGGGACGGAGGGCAUCGUACAUCUCAUGUGCCUCGCGGCCUCCAGCGGGGUGCCCCUGUUCUGCAGAAGCAGCCGCGGCGGCGCCCCCGCCCGCCAGCAGCUCCCGUUCUCUGUCAUCGGCUCCCUCAAUGGAGUUCACAUGUUUGGGCAGAAUCUGGAGGUGCAGCUGAGCUCUGCGAGGACCGAGGACACGACCGUGGUGUGGAAAAGCUUCCACAACAGCAUCACCCUCAUUGUUCUGUCACCUGAAGAGGGCACCUCGGAGCUGAGACUGGAGCGACUACUCCAGAUGGUGUUUGGGGCCAUGGUUCUUCUUGUGGGACUGGAAGAAUUGACCAAUAUCCGCAACGUAGAGAGACUGAAGAAGGAGUUGAGGGCCAGUUACCGCCUCAUCGACAGCUUCCUGGGGGACUCAGAGCUCAUCGGGGACCUGACCCAGUGUGUGGACUGUGUGGUUCCUCCAGAGGGGUCUCUCCUGCAGGAAGCCCUCUCUGGGUUCGCUGAGGCCGCGGGCACGGCCUUCGUCAGCCUGGUCGUGUCGGGCCGGGUGGUGGCAGCAACAGAGAGCUGGUGGCGGCUGGGGAUGCCGGAGGCCGUGCUGCUGCCCUGGCUGGUGGGCUCGCUGCCGCCGCAGGCCGCUCGCGACUACCCGGUGUACCUGCCGCACGGGAGCCCCACGGUCCCGCACCGGCUUCUGACCCUGACGCUGCUGCCGGGCUUGGAGCUGUGUCUGCUCUGCGGGCCGCGCCCGCCCCUCGGCCAGCUGGAUCCACAGCUUCUGGAGCGCUGGUGGCUGCCGCUGCUGGACCCGCUGCGGGCCUGCCUGCCGCUGGGACCCCGAGCGCUGCCCGCGGGCUUCCCCCUGCACACGGACAUCCUCGGGCUGCUGCUCCUCCACCUGGAACUGAAACGUUGCCUCUUCACCGUGGAGCCCUUGGGGGAUAAAGAGCCUUCUCCUGAGCAGCGCCGGCGCCUCCUCCGCUCUUUCUACACCCUGGUCACCGCCACGCACUUCCCACCAGAGCCGGGGCAGCCAGAGGAGAAGGCAGAGAACACAGCCCACCGGGCCCAGGUGCCGCGGGCCUGCUACCUGGUGUCGGGGCCCGAAGAGCCAGGCACAGGGUGGCGGCUGGUGGCCCUGCAGCUGGGGCCCCGGCGGCUGCUGCUGCUGCUGUCUUCUCAGAGUCCCACCCAUGGGCUUCGGCUCCUGGCCACCCACACCCUGCACGCCCUCACCCCGCUCCUCUGACCACCGCUGUGAGCCAUGGAC